AUGUCAGAGAUGAAAUCCGCAGUUGCUAGACAACCUCUCAUCGCAGCAAAGUUCCUCUGGCUCGCGGUCAACGAUUGCUUUUCAACAGGAUGCGAUGGCAGCUUCGUUCUUUCGAAGGACUACAGGCGUGACGUGAACGAGUUCGGACACGCUGUCUCGGUUAUUAGGGCCAUUAAAACUCGAUUAGACGCAGCUUGCCCUGGUGUAGUCAGCGUGGCCGACACAAUUGCGGGUGCCUCAAAUUGGAAUAGGACAAAUAUUGAUCCCGAUCUAGCCAGGACGCUAGAAGCUGAUGCCCGAGCCGGGCACCAGAGUCCGCUCGACGUAACGACGCCACAUAAGUUUGACAAUUACUACUACAAAAACUUGGUGCGGAGAAAGAGGGUGAUGUCGUGCGACCAGGAGCUCUUCAACGGAGGCUCAACAGAUGCCAUAGUCCGCAGGUACAGUGUUAAUCCUGGCGCGUGGAGCCGCGAUUUUGGGAAUGCCUUCCCUACAAUUCACGAGCCCGCACAUUUUGAAGGGUCCAAUUCCGAGCAAAAUUGA